UUCAAUCAAUCAAACGAGAAUCUUCUUCUGAUUUGUUCUUCUUCAAUUACAUUUACUGAUUUACAUAUGUCUCCAAUCAGCUCAGACGAUCUCCACAGAAUCUUCAAAAACUUGGACAAGAAAAACAAAGGAGUAGUCGGCAUUGAGGAGCUGCACCACCUCCUCCACCAAAUCGGCAUCCACACCGCUCCCGAUGAGCUCCAGAAGCUCGUCGGCCGGGAGAGCCUCGACUACAUCGAGUUCCUCUUCUUCUAUGAGGCCAUGGUCAAGGCCCGCACAUCAGAACACGAACAUGAACAAGACCUGCUGAAGGCGUUUGAGGUCUUCGACCUGAAUGGGGACGGCUACAUUUCCGGCGAGGAGCUGCAGAGCGUCCUCUCCCGGUUGGGGUUACUCGAGAAGAGCGGCGACGACUGUAAGGACAUGAUCAGCGUUUACGACCGUAACUCCGAUGGGGUUUUGGAUUUUCAUGAGUUCAAGAAUAUGAUGUUGGUUUCUCCCACUUCUGAUCCUGAUCAUGUGUAAGUUUUCUGGGCGAAUGCAGAAAAAAAAAUAUACGAAUUUUUGUUUGGUAAAGGUAUUUUUUUCAGGUGACAUGCACAAAAUUGAAUGUUUUUUUUGUCUAACCCUAUAUUGUUACUUAGUACUUAGGAUUGAUAUUGAGAUUGGGUGUGUAUAUUUGUUGUGUUGGGAUUUAUGUACAAUGAUGAGCAUUAUUACAUUUAUAUUGUCCUGUUUUUGGACAG